AUGAAACAAUUGAACAAGGCAGAUGUUUUAAAUCAUAAUGUUUUAGAAGAUUCUAAAGUCCAUAUUGAUACAAGAAUUAAUUCAAAACAUGCCAAACCAAAUAUAAAAAAUCAUAAAAGAAGAAGCAGAUUCUUUGAAGUUGAAGAUGCUUCACGACAAGUAAGUUCUAAGGCUAUAAAUUUCGACGUCGAGGAAGAACCAGAAUUGGAGGUAGCAACUUUUUUGAUUGUUUAG